GUUGCGGGCGCUGCGCCGGGGAGAGGCGCGCGACGGCUCUACAUUGUAGCCGGCAGUCCCGGGCCAGGGAGCGCGUGAGGAGGGGGCCGGCCAGACAGCCAGACAGCCAAUCAGCGCCUUCCCCGGCCCCGCAAGAGAGAGGGACGUUCCGCUGAUGGAAGAAGAUGAGCCCGAGCUGUACGGCAUCGAAGAUGAAUUUGAGGAUCAGUUUGCGGACGAGCUGGAGGUGCUGGCUGAGCUGGAAGAAAAAGUGCCUCAGGCAUCAUCCCAUAAAGUCUCUGAGUUCCGAAGCAGAAAGCGGACGUUUGAAGAGGCGCUCUCUGCCGGGGAUUUGGUUAAGGACUCCAGCCCUGAAGCCAGCCGCCCAGGCCUGCAAAAGACUUCCCGGGGUCAGGGCUUCGCCAAAGAGGCUAUCAGCAGUAUUGGCCUGAACUCUGAGGAGCUGGAACCCCUUGUGGCAGAUCCAGAAAUCCCUCGGAAUCUGCUUCUCCAAGAGGCUGAUGCUACUCAUACUCCAAAGCCAAAGCGGCAAAGGCGGCUCGAAGCUGUGAAGAAGCUGGACUUCGGGGUGGAGGCAGUGGAAGCCGUGACAGAUCCACCGCAGAAUGGAGUCGCUCCUCCUCUUCCCCCGGCCACCGGCUCAGAACUGCAGGAUGCAAGGACUCCAGGGCUUGGGAUCCCGGAUAGCAUGGGAGUGAGCGGCAUGGUUCUGCUGCAUGUUACCCCACCAGAAGAAAGGGACUCUAGGAAGGUCCUCAAGCGCCCGCCAAUCCUGGAGGACUAUAUCAAUGUGACUUCUACUGACGGCACCCGAGUCUUUAUGGUUGUUAAAGAAGAUGGGAUGGCAACGGAGCUUUCCAACUCCGUUGGGUGGAACAGAGGGAGACCACUUCAUCUACUGGGCGUCCCGUUCUCCUAUCUGAAGGAGCAAGUUACUGAAGAGCGCCGGAGGCAGAUCCGUGAGUCUUCACAGCAGCUGAUGGAGAUUCUGAACAGCUGUCUUGGGGAUGAGGAGGCCCAAAUGGAAGCCACGGUGCCCAGCGAGGAAGAAGGGAGGCCUGGCGAGGCAGAAGAGGACGAGGAGGCUCUGGGCUCCCUCUGGGUUGACCGGUUCACUCCCCGGCACUACGUGGAAUUGCUCAGUGAUGACUACACAAACCGCUGCCUUUUGAAGUGGCUCAAGCUGUGGGACAUGGUCGUGUUUGGGAAGGAGAGGCCUGCCAGGAAGGCCAAGCCAAGCGCCGAGGCUGGCCAGACCUCCCGAAACCCCAAAGGGCAGCAGAGCAAAUGGAAGAGCAAAACCCAGUUAACCGAGGAGGCCCUGGAGGCCGAGCUGGACCCUCACAGCCGACCGAAAUACAAGGUUGCCCUCCUGUGUGGCCCGCCUGGCUUGGGGAAGACCACUCUGGCUCACGUCAUUGUGAAGCAUGCCGGGUACAACUCGGUAGAGAUGAAUGCCAGCGAUGAUCGUAGCCCAGACAUCUUCAAAACGCGGAUCGAAGCUGCCACCCAAAUGAAGUCUGUGCUGGGAGCCAGCGAAAAGCCCAACUGCCUGAUCAUUGACGAGAUUGAUGGCGCUCCAAUGGCAUCCAUCAAUGUGCUGUUGGGCAUCGUCAACCGGAAGGCCACUGAGGCAGAAUCGGAAGGCGGCACCAGCGGGGCAAGUGGGAAGAGGAGGAGGAAGGAGGGGGGACUCCUUCUACGGCCAGUCAUCUGCAUCUGCAAUGACCAGUAUGUCCCUUCUCUGCGGCUACUGAGGCAACAAGCUUUCAUCCUCAACUUCCCCUCGACAGCCCCAUCCAGGCUGGUGCAGAGACUGCAAGAGAUCACUGUCAGGCAAGGCAUGAAGGCUGACACGACGGCCCUGCUGGCAUUGUGUGAAAAGGCAGAGAAUGACAUUCGCUCUUGUAUUAACACCCUGCAGUUCUUGUACAGCAGAGGCAAGAAAGAGCUGAACAUGAGGACUGUGCAGACCACGAGGGUUGGCUUAAAAGACCAGAACAAAGGGCUCUUUUCCAUUUGGCAGGAGAUCUUCCAGCUCCCCAAAGUGCAGAGGCAGAGAAUAGGUUUGGACCCUUCUGUUCCGGUUCAUCUCCUUGCUAACGGAGACGGUGAUGACCUCUACCUGGUGGCACCGGCUAGAGCUUCCCUUAACCCCAAUUCCCAGAGGUUUCACCACAUCCUCCAUCUCAGCAUGGCCUCCGGAGAACAUGAAAAGCUUACCCAGGGCUUGUACGACAACUUCCUGAACAUGAAGGUGAAGGGCUCCAGCUUCGGCUCGCUGUGCCUGGCCUUGGAGUGGCUGGGCUUCUCCGAUCUGGUGAACAGGACAGUCCUGCAUGGGCAGAACUUCCAGCUCAUGCGCUACUUGCCUUUCCUCCCGGUCGCUUUCCACUUGCUCUUUGCCGCUUCCAACGUUCCCCGGCUGGCCUAUCCCAACAGCCAGCACGAGGCCCUGGCAAAACUGACCCAAAUGCAGAACCUCGUUGCCUCUAUGAUAUCCGGCAUUGCGCCAAACUCCCGCAACCGUGCUGGGCCCCAGUCUCUUGUCCUAGAGGCCCUUAGCCUCCUCCUGGAGAUUAUCUCGCCAAAACUGAGACCGGUGAACACCCAGCUGUACAGUCAGAAGGAGAAGCAGCAAUUAGGGGACCUGAUCAGCACCAUGUUGGCAUAUAACCUUACUUACCUGCAGGAGCGUACCCUGGACGGGCAGUACGUCUACAAGCUGGACCCAAACGUUGAAGAAGUGUGUAGGUUUCCAGAUCUCCCGGCUCGGAAACCGCUGACUUACCAGGCCAAGCAGCUCAUCGCGAGGGAGAUUGAGCUGGAGAAGAUGAGGCGGACUGAUGCCCUGCUCCAUGCACGGAACUCUGGGCAGGUGUUGGCGGCAAGUUUGCUCCCAGCGGAAGGCAGUCACAGAGCGAGCGAAGAGUUAGCUCCACCCAAAUCCAGGGUGCAAAACCACAAGCAACGUCUUGACCAGAUUGUGAAGAGAGCCACUUUUGAGGAGAAGCCAGAAACGGAUUUCUUUGGCCGCGUGACUGUCAAGAAAAAGGUGUCUCCUUUGGCAGCCAGUCAGGGACCUGAGGAAAACCAAAUAGAAAAACGAAUUGGGAAGGCUGUUGGACAGAGUGAUAUUUGGUUCCGGUUUAACGAAGGGGUUUCCAAUGCAGUUCGAAGAAACAUCUACAUAAAAGAUUUGUUCUAGCGAUUAAAAUAUGGACAAGCAACACGAGUAAGCAGAUAUUUGGAUACCAUGCAAGGAUGUUUUUUGACAAAAAUGCUUCCUUAUUCUUUUGUAUUGAAUCCUGUUUUGUAUAUAAAU